GGCUAAGGCGGUGGAAGGAAAAAAAGAGUCAGCAAGAGGAGCAGCAGGAAAGGCAGCAGGAGCAGCAGCCUCGCCAGCAAAGACGGGGAGCCCGGGGAGGGGAUUGGGGCCUUUGGGGCUUCCAGAGGUGGAUGCUGCCCAGCCAAGAAGAGGAGGAGGAGGAGGAGGAAGAGGCGCCCCGCUGGAAACGGGCCCACAGGGCGCAGCAAUGAACAAGCUGCGGCAGAGCCUGAGACGCAAGAAGCCGGCCUACGUCCCGGAAGCGAGUCGACCCCACCAGUGGCAAGCGGACGAAGAGGCCGUGCGCAAAGGACGCUGCAGCUUCCCUGUGCGGUAUCUUGGCCAUGCAGAAGUGGAGGAGUCUCGGGGGAUGCACGUUUGUGAAGAAGCUGUGAAGAAGUUGAAAGCGAGUGGUCGCAAAUCUGUAAAGUCCGUGCUUUGGGUCUCAGCCGAUGGGCUACGGGUUGUGGACGACAAAACCAAGGAUCUGAUUGUGGACCAAACUAUUGAGAAGGUGUCCUUCUGUGCUCCGGAUCGCAACUUCGACAAGGCCUUUUCCUACAUCUGCCGCGAUGGCACCACCCGUCGUUGGAUCUGCCACUGCUUCCUCGCAUUGAAAGACUCGGGAGAGCGCUUGAGUCACGCCGUGGGUUGCGCCUUUGCCGCCUGUCUGGAGCGCAAGCAGAAACGGGAGAAGGAGUGCGGCGUGACGGCCUCUUUCGAUGCCACGCGCACCAGCUUCGCACGAGAAGGAUCCUUCCGCCUGACGGGCCCCGCUGCAACACGGCCCUCGGGGGCCCGUCCUCCACAGGACAGGAAAAAAGUAGCUGAAGCAGUGGCGGUGCCUGCCGCUCCUCCGCCGGCCCCUGCCCAGCCGGCCAGCGCCUCUCCUCCCCAAGGGGCCACGUCUCCAGAAGAGAAGGCCGAAGUCGGGGGCGCCCACGCCAUCCCUCGUCGCCAUGCCCCCUUGGAGCAGCUGGUGCGGCAGGGCUCUUUCCGGGGCUUCCCCACCUUGAGCCAGAAGAACUCCCCCUUCAAGAGGCAGCUCUCUUUGCGGCUGAACGAACUGCCCUCUACUUUGCAGCGCAAGGGCCAAGCUGGCGAUGCAGUAAUAGAACUUGAAUCCACACCCAAUGGAGAUUCUGAUGGCAUCACUGCCCUCUGCAGCCAGAUCGACGCCUCUCUCACUCAGCCGGCUGGUGAGCCCCCCAGCAGUGCUGGACCUCUCAGUGGCCCUCUUGCCCACCCCACUGCCACAGUGCCCACGGAAGGGGGAGGCACAGCCCCCUCCACGUGGACCACCAAUUCCGCCGGAGCUUCCGUAACGCCUCUGUUCCAACCCGGACACAAGCGGACGCCAUCGGAAGCCGAACGUUGGCUGGAGGAAGUUGCCAAAGCCGCCAAAGCCCAACAGCAGGUGGCAGUGGCAAUGCCAACCUUCCCUUUAAGCUAUGAUGCUGCCACUGCCGCCUGCCCGGCGGUGGGGAUGUUUAUCCCUCCUCACAUGCCACCGGCCUACGUGCCCAUGGGUGCCGCCUACCCGCCGGCAGUGCCAUACGCCGCCGUGCCCAGCGUGCCCGUGGUGGGCAUCACUCCCUCCCAGAUGGUGGCCAACGCCUUCUGCUCGGCCACGCAGGCGCCAGCUGCAAACCUGGGGGCCAAGGCCAGCCCUUUCCCUCAGAACCUGCUGGGCCCCACCAUGCGGCCCAAAGCCAAUGGCAGUGCCUGGCCCCCCGAGCAGACCCAGGCGGCGCCCCCUGCCCCACGCCGCAACCCCCCCGACCCCUUUGAAGAGCAGUGGGCGGCUUUGGAGUCCAACAAGGCCCCUUCCGCUGUCCCAAACCCCUUCUCCGGUGACCGGCAGAAAACCUUUGAAAUAGAACUGUGACCGAAGUGUCUCUCUCUCUCUCUCUCUCUCUCUCUCUCUAGAGACUGGACAAUUUAGCUACCCUCCCCAUAUCUCACCCCGUAUGAUGUCUUCCCUCAUAGAGUCGACUCCGUGGCUCAUCAGAGCCAAACACAGAUGUACACCAUACUGUGCCCCCCCUUCCACACUUUGUUUGGACAGUCCAAGUAUCAACUUUAUCAUUACUUCCCCUCUAUCGAAAAAGAAUUAAUGGGGGUUUUGGAUGGAGGGAGGCUACCUUAGCUAAGUACGCAGAGGUUUGUGGUGGUUAAGAGAAGGUGAGCAAGGUGGGAUGGGUGAGGGAAGAGCGUGCAGGAGGGAACAGUUAGUAUAUGGACUCUUAUUACAAGGAUUGUCUCCUUGGAUAGCUUCCAGAACAGGAUUUCCCCUUUAAACGGAGGGAAAUAUUUCUCUCUCUUCACUCCUUUUGGUUUGCUGGGAGUGGGCAUACUCACGGCAUUGCAGCAUUAUGGAUUUCUCUCAUCCCUAUACCUUCAAGACAUCCUGCAUGGAGGUGCCAGCUGGUCUGGUACCAAAUCUGUCUGCUCCCUUAAUUGUGUUUCUUUGUCCCUCUCAAGUUUUCUCUGAGUGACCAAAAUAUUUUCUUUUUCUUUCCCUCUUUUUUGCCAAUUUGCAAAUCAGAUUGCAUUUGAUUAGGAUGCUAGUAAAAGCCCCAAAGGCAACAGAUGUGGUCUGACCUUGGAAGCUAAGCAGGGUCAGGCCUGGUUAGCACUUGAAAUGGGGGGUAUAGGCUAUAUUUCAGAAGACAGAACGUGCAAAACCAACUCUGACUAUUCCUUGCCUAUGAAAUAUAUGGGGUUGCCAUAAAUCCUAUAAUCUGAGGCUGUUCCUAUGGUAAAAGGGCAGCGUUUUGAAUGUGUGAAAGCCCUGUGACUUAGCCAUACAUGCACAGGACCACCACCUCCCCAUGGCCAAAUAAAGCAAGAUGUUUUCGCUCAAAGAAUCCACAUGAUACCAAAUCUUCCCUCUUGGGUCUAACAACCAACAUAACAGCCUCGCUGGGGGAUCUCACCAGGAGAAACGCAUGGCAGUGAAAUUCAAGUUUUCACUCUCUUUUCCCUCUUUUCCCUUCCCAAGAAGAGGGUUUACUUGGUGCAAUGGUUAGAGCCAAAGCAACUAAUUCUUUGGCUUCUUUGGAGGUGGGAUGAGAAAACAAUCUAAACGUUUUCCCUAAUGUUCUGGAUGUCGCCAGAUUUCAAUGCUCAAUUUGUGCCCCAUCAACCGUGCUUUUGAUAGUGGCCACUGGAAAGAAAUCUGUAGGGUGAGGCAGGUUUUGGUUAAAACUGUUGAUUGGGGAAGGCUUAUGGAAGUUACCAAUGCCUCUCUUAUACCCCCUUCCUACAUUUGAAUGUUCUUGGAAGAGACAGAUAAUGUCCUACCUAUAAACUGAGGUGCUGUUUUAUCAGUAAAUGAACCACUGGCUCAAUAUCUAAUACGAGAAAUUGAAAAUCUCAGCAUUUUAUUGUGCCCAAUUUCCAAAGGUAGUCCAAAUGAGAGCUCUAGGAAAAGGCAGUACUGUACCAAGAGUGUGUAUAUUGCUUGAGGGGUGGAAAGAGGGGACAAGAAUAAUUGCAUGGGGCAACUCUGGUUUCGGGAUGGGUGGGCGGGGAGAGGGGCAAACCAGCCUCCUCUCGAUGGAGCUGUUGGACUGCAGGCUCAGUUCCAAAAAUCUGGCACUGUUGCUGUGCUGUGGCUGGUAGAGGGGCAGCAUUUUGAAUGUGCAAAUGCCCUGUGAGUGUCAAAGGGAGCACCCAGCCAAGUUGACAUUGGUUUUGUCCUCCCUCUAGGCAAACACCUUGCGAUGUGGAGGACAAAGAGGAGAGGUGAACCGUCUCUGGGUGUAUUUUAAACUACACAGUUAUAACUGUUUGAUAACACUUUAGCUUGCUUUGGCUUUAUCCUGUGGAAUCCUGGGAUCUGUAGUUUGAUAGUGGUGGCUGAUAAUUCUGUACUUGACAGUUCUGAGGUGAUAUUCCACUGAGCUACAGUUUCUGAGAAAAUUCAAUGUGCUACCGUAAAGUGGCAUAUUAUACUAGUUUAUUACACACAGGUUCUGUUAUAUAUAAAGACUCUUGGUGGAUGAAGGCAAGGGGAGCAGGGGGCCAAGUUGCCUGCACUGAGCUCCCAAAAGCAGCCCCCCUCCCUGGGUAUCAAAUCUGGUAGGAAGUCCAUCUAUGUGGAUCUCUUUUCUUUACUGAGAGAGAAGUGACAAAAGCUUAGCUGUGCUUCUUUCAGCAGAUGAUAGGAGGUGAGCUCUUUUCUUGCCAAAGAAGUGAUGGAAGUCUGACUGCAUUUCUUUCAGCAGAUGAAGGAGAUAAACUCUCUUCUUGAUUAAGAGAAAUGAUGGAAGUCUUGACUAUGCUUCUCUCGGUGGAGGAAGGAGAUGAGCUCUUUUCUGAGCAGAGAAUAGUAAUGGAAGCCUGGCUUCACUUCUCUGAACAGAGGAAGAAGGCAAGCUCUUUUCUCAGCAGAGAGAAGCAGUGGAAGCCUGGCUUCACUUUUCUGAACAGAGGAAGGAGAUUAGCUCUUUUCUCAGCAGAGAAGGGAAGCCUGGCUUCACUUUUCUGAACAGAGGAAGAAGGUGAGCUCUUUUCUCAGCAGAGAGAAGUGUAUGGCUUCACGCAAUGGUGCUUUUCACUAUCUUGUCACUAGAGGAGAGGGACUGCCUUUUGGAGCUCAGUAUGCCCAACUUUCACCUUUACGUGAGUUUGGUUACUCUCCCUUUCACAAGGCAGAAGAUGAAUGAGAGGUGAGUGUAAAUGCUUUCAUUGGUGUGCUGCUAGUUAAAGUCCAGGGUUUAGAUCCUUACUUGACCAUGGACAAGUUUUAGUCUGUGGCAAAUUCCUCUGAACAAAUCCUGCUAAAAAUGACUUGAAGGCACACAACAUUUUUUUUUGGUCAGGAGCAACUUGAGAAACUGUAAGUUGCUUCUGAUGUGAGAGAAUUGGCUGUCUGCAAGGACGUUGCCCAGGGGACGCCAGGAUGUUUGAUGUUUGACCAUCCUUGUGGGAGGCUUCUGUCAUGUCCCCGCAUGGGGAGCUGGAGCUGACAGAGGAAGCUCACCUGCUCUCCCUGGAUUUGAACUGCCAACCUGUUGGUCAGCAGUCCUGCUGCACAAGAGUUUAACCCAUUGCACCAUGGGCCACACAACAACAACGAUGAGCUAGUAAGGAUUUGGGGACCUAAAGUUCCAAAAAUCUAGAGGAGCAACUGCAGCAUUAGAGCCAUCUAGCAAAGAAUUCACCAAACUGCAAAUCCCAGGAUUCUCUUGGAUGGAGCCCUAACCCUGAAAGUGAUAUUGAAUGGCAAUAAUUGCAGCAUGGAUGUACUCGCCCUUGCCCACCCACACUGCCUGGAUCUGAAAAUAGAAAGGGUGUGAGGGGGAGGUAUUUUAUAUCUUAUUUCCAAAUGUUUUGUAUCAAAGAAUCCCACAUAUUUGUAUUAUAUAAUAAAUAACAAAUAAAGCCAGUAAUAUAAUAACCCA